AUGCUUGGUCUAUUCACCCUUCGCUGCCAGCUUCAUGACUGGCUCCAUGGUCCGCCUCGAGAAGAUACCGAUGGCAAUCUUUCGAGCUAUUUUGCCAGUCAGUGGCGGCAACCAUUGUCACGCCAGCUGAGUGCCAGGAUUGAUCUCGACCUGCCAAAGGUCGAUUUCUUCUAUGCUGGUAUCUUUGAUCCAACUUUUAAUGCAGAAAUGCCAAAGAAGUACAAGAUUGAUCUCGACUUCGUCAACGCACAUGGGCAGCAUUUGCCCGUACAGUGGGCGAAACUGCCGUUGAUGUGGGCGAUUUCGAGUAUUGCCUUUUCCUUCUUCGUCCAGGGUGCUGUGAUCUUGACGUCCACAACGUGGUACAGGUCUUCAACGCCUUUGCACGGAUUGCUGAUGCUAUGUGCUGCCUUAAAGGCGAUCGAACUUGUGGUCCGUGCAGAGCUCUUCCGAGUCCUCUCUCUAGAUGGCGAUGCACCGCCCUGGAAGCUGAAGGUCUGGAGGCUUCUGCACUACGUGACUGACACCUUUGAGCUGUUGGUGAUGGUGUUGAUCGCCCUAGGCCAUUCCGCCGGCUACGAUGGGAUGCAACAAGUUUUGCUUCCCACGGUCACGCCAGACGGUCGGCAGAGCCCCGCCAUGUGUCAACAGCUGCACCGUCUCAGGCCGGUGACUGUCUUGACGCCUGUGUCAACGAUGAGUUGGAGACAAUCCGUGGAGGCAGAGCUCUCGCAAUGUCGCUCCUGGAAGAAAGCCUUGGAGGUGAUCGAAUUCCUGCAGGGUGAAUGGUGCAAUGCAGAUGAUUCGAACGAGAGCUACUUUGUCAUGGGAACCUCUGUGAGACGGACAAACUCUCAGGGUACAAAGACGUUCGAAAAAUACUUGAGAUGGGAGGACCAAUGGGAUGCUAUCUCCUGGGGACCCAACCAAAAAUUCUAUCUAGACACGCCGCAGCCACAGGAUGAGACCGUGCACUGGAGCACCUACAAACGGGGCGCAAAGCCUUUCCGUUGGAACCGACCAAGAGCUCCAGUUGUCCUCAUCCCCACAAAGCCGCAGCCGAAAGCGCGGCCAAAGCAGGAGCCGGCGCCAGCGGUGGUGCCGAAGCUGGCACCUAAGCCUAAGAAGCGUCCGCAGCAGAGUCCGCAACAAGUUGAAGGUGCCUUGCGCCCGCCAGAGCCGGCGAAGGUGCCAAACGAUGCAGCGGCAGAAGCAAAGUGGGCUGCCAAGUGGGAUUGGGCAUUCGGUGCUGGAUUUUCGCAGCCGUCCAUGUCAAGCCCAGCGAUGGUGCUCGCUGAUCGCGACAGAAACAACGAGUGGUUUGACUUUGCAAGGAAACUCUUUAUUCAGAAUGCUCCUGAAAAUCCGCGAGACUUCUUGGUAAGACCUGAAGUGCGCGCCAUGUACGAGGGUAGCGAAAUCAAAGUUCAAUGGCGAGAGACCUUGGCUCCUGGUGAAGCGGUCUUAGAACGAAGCACUUCCAUGUGGGUCAUGAAGAUGGCCUCGGUGUUAUUUGGAAACUUCCAAGGGCUGAGCAACUUCUUCUACGACAGUUUGCCAACUUUGGCCCGGCAUCAGCUUCGUCGGGAUUUCCCCGAGUCUGGGGACUGCACCUAUGUCGGCCAGGAAUGCCUGUUGAUUUCUCGCAGGGAACCUGGCGAAAGGUCGCGCUUUCAGGUGGUCUUGGUCUUUCGCACCCCAGAAGAUCGCUGGGCACAUUGGGCUUGGCCUCUCUACGCGAUGAUCACAGAUAUGUAUUACAAGGCGAUGGUCAGGUUCUUGAACAGACCUGAAGCCCAAGACAUGCGCGCAACGGACUCCAAUUUCUACCUGGUUCUUGCCAUGCGAAGCUUCAACCGUGGACCACCGAUGAUUCCGCAUAGGGGCACUGACCCUGCAGAAAUCACAAUCUCAUCUGGUCAGGACAUGGGCUUGGCUUCUUGGAGCCGCUUCUGCUCGAGCCGCAAGGGCUUUGUUCUGGCCGAAUACCUGAAAGUUUUUGUGGAGAAGUUGGGGUACAACUUGCAGACCUACGAAACCUUGGACAGCUGCAAACUCGUUCCCUACCAGUGUGUGGUGAAACGCAGCGACUGGGAGCAGCUCCGCGAGAGCUUCACCCUAGCCUUCCGGCUACAAAAGGCCGCCUAUCGCCGAGCCAACGGGGGCAAAAUGGCCCCAUCCUUGGUGGAAGAUGCAGAAGCACAUUGGACAGCCCAUGGAAAAUAUGGAAAUGGGUGUUUUCUGAACAGCCAGAGCGAGGCACUGCCUCAGGCUACAAUGAUCAAGACGGUGGUGCGAAACACCUUCCUGGAGCUUGAAGAAGAUUUGGCUGGGAAUGAUGAGGAUGAUCGCCCAAUGAGGAGGACCAAAAGCGACGCACUGAGUGAUGCACUGAGUCUUUGA